GGUCAGUGGGUCACAGGCCUGUGUGAGUCAGCUUCAUAAUCAGUGAAGAGAUAUGAAGGGCCACCACACCUCCCAGAAGCAACAGGUUCUUCCUAACACAGCCUAACUGUGCCCUCCAGUGGACACAUCCAGCGGUUAUCGGCGCUAUCGGUCACCAAUGAUCAAUGCACAAGUUUGUUGUUUGUUUUUUGAGCUCUUUUACAUCCGGGUUUGGCUUCUUAUCAAAGAUGUCCCCAGCAGUAAAAUGUUCGGAUUAAACUUUGCUCUAAGGAAAUGCAGCCGCUUCUUUCCAUGCGCCAUCCCCUCUCCUCCUCGGUGAAGACGCAGCAGGGCAGUGCGCUCUGAGCAGCGCUCAAAGAAGCAAAGCGUGGAGGAGAAGAAGAGUUCACCAAACUCCGAACAAAAGGAUUUAGGAUUUAUUUGUUCACUAUCGAACAGGUGGUUGUGUGUGUGUAGGUCACCUCCACAGUGCCACUUUGGUGUGGGCUGAGUGAAAGAGCAACAAGCACCUGCAGGGCCCCAUCACUGGACAAACCCCAUUACUGCAGUAUGGGCAACUUUUCCAGCAAGGACGGCCAUUCACCCACAGGGGUCCAUGGGGAUACUUUCCACACACCUCCUGCUUCUCCACAGAAUGAUGGGCCUCCUUACAUGCCUGGUGUCCCCCAAUUCCUUCAUCCUACCUCACCUCAACCUUCUUCUGCAGCCCCAGCUUCAUCUCCACCUCCAGUCCCAGGCCUUGCAUCCAGUGUGAAAAAAGUGCAAUCCAUCACCACCCCUACCACUUCCAGUUCUCCUCCUGAUUGGAGGCCAAAUCCACCACCAGUUAGCUCAAAUAGCUUCACCAUUGGUACUGGAGUAGGCCUGGUGCACAACAAGCCAGGAAAUACUUUGGUUAAAGGACAAGCUCCUUUGGGGAGGAAUGGGGGUCCUCCAACCUCCACCCCUCGGACUCCCCAGGGGAAGACUGUGUCAAUCAGCCCUACAAAGAGCCCCUCUUCCCCCUGUAGUGCUUCACCUGUGGUGGGCAGCUCUUCUGGGCAGAGCUGGAGAGAAAGGGACAGUGGUCUGAGUCAGUCCUUACUGCCAGGUCACGAAGCUGGGGACAGCCAGAAUGAGGAACUGGAGAAGCUUCUGGAGGAGUGUCGGACAACACUGGGUGUAACUGUCAGUGAGGAUGGGAGGACGAACACAGCAGAGAUACUGAAGCAACUACUGACAGAAGUGAAGAGUUUGAAGAGUACUCUGCAGACUGAGCGUGGGGAAUGGCUGCAAUUCCAGGCUGACCUGCAGGUAGCGGUGGCGGUGGCAGACCGUCUGAGAGCUGAGGCGGAAGAAGAGCUGAACGCGCUCCGAACUGCCCACACGGAUGUUGAGAGGGAGCUGUCUGCUUCCCAGCAGAGACAGAAAGAGGCUGAUAUGCAACUGGUCACCCUGAGAGGGGAGUUGAAGGAGAGCAGGCAGAGACUGGCUACUCUCUCCCAGGUUCAAAGCAAAGCAGACACCCAGGCUUCAUGUCAGGAACCAGAAAAGCCCAAUGGAGGACAGGCCAACAUCUCUGAAAGCAAAGAAGGGACCCAGAGAGGCAGAGAGAGGGGGUUGUACAGGUUGGGACGAGAAGAGAUGGAAAGUAGGAGUCAGAAUGAAUUGACAAAGAAUGUUGCAAGCGAGGAGGCCAGGACAGACUGUAAAGGAGUGACUAAGCGUUACCUGAGAAAUGUGACCAAUGAGGACAGGAAUGGAGAGGAGCCGCGUUCCAGUGAGACACAAAGGACGGUGAUCACAGAGAGGUCGAGAAGCCUGUCCAGAUUACCUGCUUCCUCCGACUCCUCAGCCAUGCAGAACGGAACUUCCCAGUCCAAUACUGCCUCAACAGUUGGACCUUCAAACAAGAACUUGGGGCAACUAAGAGGGCGAAAAAGUCUGGAUUGGCAAGACAGCAGGACAAGUACUGACACAGGAAAACGUGAGGAGUCUCUAAACAAGUACAACUCUGCCCUCACUGAGCUGCCUCCCAUCAAGUCCCAGGAUGGUUUCAACCUGCUGCUGCGUCGCCAUGGAGGCUCGAAGAGAAAUUCACUGCUUCGCUGGUGUCAGAGCCGAACACAAGGAUACAAGAGUAUUGACAUCACCAACUUCAGCAGUAGCUGGGCCGACGGUCUCGCAUUCUGUGCCGUGUACCACACUUACCUCCCCUCCCACAUCCCUUACAGCACUCUUACUCCAGAGAACAAGAGGGAGAAUCUCAGCCUGGCAUUCAAAACAGGAGAGAGUGUUGGGAUUGCACAAACUCUGACUGUAGAGGAGAUGCUGAGAGCAGGCGGCCCUGACUGGCAAAGGGUCCUGAGCUACGUGGAAAGCAUCUACCGUCACUUUGAAAUGUGACUGCUGGAGGUACUGACAGACAAUCCCAUCAUAGUGGAUCCUUAAGGACUCUACAAAAGAAACAAUACAAGUUGUUUGUAAAGAUGGCUGCCUGAAUAUUAUGCGAUACCUUUGUUGGGUGUCUGGAAACUGGAGAAAUUGAUUCUUCUGUUAACAAAAAAAGACAAUUUGAAGCUUUUCGGCCACAUUUUUUUUUUUUUUUGCUUGCAUUUAAGUUCAGAAUAUCUUAGAAACAACAAUGGCAAAAACUUUGGCUCUUCCCGCUCAUUUUUAAUGUAACGUUACAGAUGCUGACUCAGGCAAGAAAGAGUGUGUUAAUUGUCACUGCACUGCACAGACUUAUAAUAUUAUAUUAUAAUAUUAUAAAUAUUUACUGAGUAAUAAAUACUAUCGUUGCAUACAAUCCAGUAUGAAGAAUGAAGCCUGUGUUAUGAUUCAAAUUUUCACAGGCAAGCAGAUGUGUUUGUAACACUGGACGAAAAUCUUUUGAAACCUAAAAAAAAAAACUGUAUUUUGCUUCUGUGGAUUGGACUUGAAAAAUGUCCUUUGACCAGGUGGAAGUGAUGAGGUGCAAAGUAUUCAGUUUUGAUUGGUUUGUUACCAUCGGCUCCAUGGUCAGUAUUUCAUUUUUUGUUGUUAUAUGCAUUCUUAUAUCAUCCAUGUACUUAAUCAGCUGACAUUCCACAGUACAUACUGAUGUGUGUGGAAGAAUUCAGAUGCAGCAAAAUUAGACAGCUUAUUAGUUUGAGUAAAAGUGCAGAGGUGAGAAUGUGACCAACUGAGAAGGAGGGGAAAGAUUAACAAAACAUCACUGUUUAAUCCAAAAAGUUAGAUAUUCUAGAUUUCAUCAACACAGAGAUUCAAAAUUUCUGGAUCUUUUUCUAGCAUUGCAUGUACGUACAGGUAGAGUUGCUCUAAAUGUCUCCACACUGGUACUUCACUGGCCGAAAGUACUCCACAACAUCAUGUCCUUGAUAAAAUCUGUAAGUAAUCCUUAAACUGCACAUUGUUUUUUUAUCUGCCAACAUAUUUUGCCUUUUUAAUUUUGUCUGUGAUGCUCUGCAAAGAUUCUACUUUUUCCUGGACCUUUUAGCACUCACUGUAAAUAUGCACUUUUGCCAGCACUGUGCUGGUGUAUGAAUGUAAUAAUGUAUAGUACAGAUGUUACACAGCUGCUGUAGUCUUUGAAGGGUUCAGUAGACAUUCAGCGGCAAGGCUGCAGACCAAUUAGAAGAUUUGAUCAAGUUCAAAUUUUUGAAAAGCAGUUGGUGUCUUCUCAAACAAGUGUGUGGCAAUGAUCAAAAUUUAAGAAGUGCCUCUGUUAUCGCGAGUGUGCCAGUGCGGUUUAGGUGCUCAGGGAUGUGCAUCACAGGCGUGACAUCGAGUAAAAUUACAAAAAAAAAUACAAGCCUAGGCUCGCACAUCCGGUUGCAACAUCAUCUCACGUCGCACCUGCAUCCUCGCGGAUGCACAAAUGUACCCUCAUAUGCCACCUGAGAAACUAAUGAGCUGGUUUUGUUUCAACAAGUUUAAAGCUGAGUUUGUUGCCAAAGUCGUAAGUGCCAAGUGUUGGAAAAAUAAUCCUUUUUGUGGAAACCAUUGUAAAACAUGUUUAUAUGUAACUAGUGUGGAAAAAAAUACUCUACCAAAGAAAUAAAAUAUUAAUAUGAA